CCAGCGCCACAUCGUGAGAAAGUGUCCGUCUACUAGAGCGAUUGGAAAGCGCCGGCGGAACCUGUCAAGGUGCUGUGUUCAAGGGAUGGGCUAGAGGAGAGAGAUGACUGGACUGGAGGCAGCUGUGGUAGGGACAAAGAAGGCAGUGGAAGAGACAAGUGAGGGAAUAAGGGAGUAAAUAAUUGGGAAACCUCUCAGGUGACCUGGUUGGUGUCUAAUUGUUCUGUGCUUCUCCAGCUGGAGCAAGAACUAUGUCAUGGAUCAAGGAAGGAGAGCUGUCAUUUUGGGAGCGGUUCUGUGCAAAUAUUAUAAAGGCAGGCCCAAUGCCCAAACAUAUUGCAUUUAUAAUGGACGGGAACCGUCGCUAUGCCAGAAAAUGCCAAGUGGAGCGGCAGGAGGGCCACUCACAGGGCUUCAACAAACUGGCUGAGACUCUGCGUUGGUGUUUGAACCUGGGCGUCCUAGAGGUGACGGUCUAUGCGUUCAGCAUUGAGAACUUCAAACGCUCCAAGAGUGAGGUCGACGGGCUAAUGGAUCUGGCCCGGCAGAAGUUCAGUCGGUUGAUGGAAGAACAGGAGAAGCUGCAGAAGCAUGGGGUCUGUAUUCGGGUCCUGGGUGAUCUGCAUUUGUUGCCCUUGGAUCUCCAGGAGCUGAUCGCACAGGCUGUACAGGCCACCAAGAACUACAACAGGUGUUUCCUGAAUGUCUGCUUUGCAUACACGUCUCGUCACGAGAUCAGCAAUGCUGUGAGAGAGAUGGCCUGGGGAGUGGAGCAAGGCCUGCUGGAUCCCAGUGAUGUCUCUGAGUCUCUGCUCGAUAAGUGCCUCUAUACCAACCACUCUCCUCAUCCUGACAUCUUGAUACGGACUUCUGGGGAAGUGAGGCUCAGCGACUUCCUUCUGUGGCAGACCUCCCACUCCUGCUUGGUGUUCCAGCCCGUUCUGUGGCCAGAAUACACGUUUUGGAACCUCUGUGAGGCCAUCUUGCAGUUCCAGAUGAACCACAGCAUGCUUCAGCAGAAGGCCCGAGACAUGUAUGCAGAGGAGCGGAAGAGGCAGCAGCUGGAGAGAGACCAGGCUGCAGUGACAGAGCAGCUGCUGCAAGAGGGGCUCCAGGCCAGUGGAGACACCCAGCUCCGACGGACACGCUUGCACAAACUCCUAGCCAGAAGGGAAGAGCGAGUCCAAGUCUUCCUGCAGGCCUUGGAACUCAAGCGGGCUGACUGGCUGGCACGUCUGGGCACCGCAUCAGCCUGAGUGAGGCUGGCCUCCUGCCAUUUCGCCCUGCCCUCUGCCUCCAGGGCCCCACUCCCCUUUCUUGGUGAAAGGCACCUCCCUCCUGAAGAUGAAUUGUGUUUCCUUUGCUUGGCCAGGGAGCCCUAGAGGCCAGGUCUGUGUGCUAUAGAUACAUACCUUGGGGCUGCCUGGGACAGUGCCCUUGGGGAAGGUUGAGGGUGAGAGUCUCCCACAAGUACGCUAAACCCAGCUCUGUUCACCAGUAGGUUUGGUGAGUAGGGGGCCCUAGCUCUUCUGCUGCCUGCUUCUUCCACGUUUGCCACCUCUACCUGUGCUUCUCACUGUACUUUCUUUUUCCACCAGCAAUCCUUCAAGGAAAGAGGUCUCCCCCAAACCCUAGUCCUUUACCCAUCCAUCUUAGUCUUCACAAAAGAUGUGGCUCCACCUUGAAUCUGCUGGUAAAUAGCUAAUAGGCAGCCAGCGUUAUUUAGGCAAGGAAGUGGAGAGACAGAAAGAAAAUUUGCCCAUCUGCUGCUCCUCCCCCUUGGCUCUCCACCUGGGAUUUGCUAUUGACUCUCUACCCCCUCCCACCACGCAGUGCUGAUUGCUCACUGAAAGGCUCAGCGCCCCCAAUGGCGCUCAGAAGCCAGGCGGGUGAUUACAAUCCAAUUACCUAUUGUCGACUCAGCCCACACAAGCUUUUCUCCUCCUCUUGCGGGGCAUGGGGCCAGGCUCCACUCCCCAGUGAGACUGGCCCCCUCCAUGGCUACAGGGUAACAGAAGCGCCUUUAGGCCCUGGCAAAUCUAACCCAGCACAGGCCUCCUUCCCUGGAACACAUCAAGACCAAGAGCACAGAAACAAGCACUUCUCCCAGCUGACUGCCUCCUGCCCUCUGCAUCUCAACUCUGCUUCCCACCUCCUUAUUCUUUGAGGCUUCUUUCCAUGUUUGACCUGGGCCCCUAAGUAGGCCAUGAGACAAUAUAUUUUCAGCAUGGCAGUCUCAGCUUGUGAGGCCAAGGUUGCCCAGCAGGGAGAAGAGGGCCAAGUCAAGGGCUGUGUCCUUUCCCUUACCUCUCCCUCCCAGGCCUCACUGAGGAGCUGCUGAGAGGAUUAGUGCCUUUGAAGAGCUGUCGGCCUGAGCAACUCUAUGCUUCAGGUGCCCCAGAGCAGCAAGCACCAGCUGGUAAUACCACCCAAAAGUUACUCUGUUUAGUCUUCACAUUUUACUCUCUGCAAACCGAUUCCCCAACACCCCCCUCUAGGGGUGAGGUGGGGCCUUGCAAGCAGUGCUAAGAGCAGACAGACUCUUUAAAACCCCUAACUUGACUAUACUCCAGUCUGCUCCUCCCCUUCCUAUGCCUGGAUACCUGGCACAAGAGACUCCUUGGCCAUCAUCCCUGCUCCCAGAAUCAAGCAUAAUGCCAGACACUGCGAUUGAGAAGCCAAUCAAUGUACCCUUUGGCAAGUCCCCCACACACACCUGGCACUCCCCACUACCAAUCCCUGGCACAGGGUUCCCAGAGAGCAGGUGCUGUACAUUUUCCAGUUUUACAAUGGGGCUGUUGACAGCCUUAAUUAGGGAGGCAUGAAUUAUGUGGCUGUUACGCAGAGCCCUACAAUUAAGGCGGGAAAGAGGGGCUGGAGGCAGCAAACGGAAUCUGCCCUGUGAGCAUGAUUGUUGAGUCCUGUCUCCUUUCUGGGUCUGACUUUCUCCAAUGUGAUUGGGGUACAGCAGAAGUGAUUAAUCAGGCUGGUAUCUCUUUGGCCUGAGGUCCUGUGUUCUGGGAAAGGUACACAGUGGGGUGUGGUGAGGAGGGGCUGCCUCAGGAGGCACUGAAGGGGUGGGAAGGAGAAGAGGCUGAGGGACCACGGCUGUCCAGGCACAGCAACUGCAAAUAGGUGACAUGAACUCCUUGUGGGUGCUUUCUACUGGUGUGAUUUGUACAAACCAGCUCAACUCUUGCCUCAAGAAACUAGGUGGGACCUAUUUAAAUGUUCUCCCACCUGUGAGCCAAGCCCCAACUUGAGGAUAUUUAUCGUAUUGUAUUCUCUUGGGUGUCAAACAGAAUUUUAAAAAUUCUUGGAUGUAAAACUUGUUUGCGAACAGUG